AUGGAUUAUAGUUACAGGAGUGGACUCUUUUGUGUAUCAUCUUACCAGAUUUAUCAUAUCUCUAUGUCAAUAGCCACACAGUUGAAUUGCCCUCUGGAAGACAUUGUGCAGCCUGAUUUUUAUGUUGAGGAAAAUGUUAGUGUUUAUAACUAUUUUUUAUCCUUUUUCCACAGAGAGGAGGAAAGAAAACAGAGGUUCCACCUUCUAGCUUUAGAUGCUUAUUCACGACACAAGAAGCUGAUAAAUGAUUAUUUACUGUGCUAUAAAGGAUCGACAUCAAGAUUAAAAAGGGAUACGAGUCAAGAUAAAACGGAUCAGGAUGUUAUUAGAGAAAAUCACAAGUUCUUGUGGUCAUCAGAUGAUAAAGUUGAUUCUUGGGAGAAACAACUUGCUAAACGCUACUAUGAUAAACUAUUUAAGGAGUAUACUAUUUGUGACUUGAGUAAAUAUAAAGAAAACAAGAUAGCUUUGCGCUGGAGAACAGAACAAGAAGUCAUUGUUGGAAAAGGCCAGUUCACCUGUGGUAAUAAGCAAUGUCAGAAAGCAGAAACCCUUCGAAGUUGGGAAGUCAACUUUAGAUAUGUGGAGCAAGGUGAACAGAAGAAUGCAUUGGUGAAAUUACGGCUUUGUCCAAAAUGUUCAUACAAACUGAACUACCACCAUCAGCAGAAGGAAGUUGGUAGAAAGAAAAAUAAAAGAAGUAACAUUAGCACAGAUGACAAAAAUAAGAAGCAAUGUUUAGAAAUGGAAGCUAAGCAAGUAGAAGAAGAUGAAAGAAAUAAAACUUUUUCAAUAAACACAGGAAUUAACCAAGCUGCUGGUACUAGUAAUGAAGUCUCAGAUAUCUGGAAAACACCUAUGAAUGCUGAGAAAGAAAAAUCUAAGGAAGAUGAGUUUGAAGAAUAUCUGGCAGAUAUGUUGCUCUGAGAAGUUGGGGCAGUUUUUGUUGAAGCAACACAAACAUUAUUCAUUAUAAGGUUGCUUAUGUCAGUAAAUGUGCUGUGAAUACAGCUGGCUGAGUGAUUGGACAAGCAUAACUAAUUAUAGCCGUGUAAUAAAUAUGUUCAAAAAUUGUCUGUGAAUCCAGAUGACUCACUAGUUGGAUAAGCAAAACUGGUAUUAUAGCUGUUUAAUAAAUAAGUGUAAAAGUAAAUGUUGAAGUAAAACAUA